AUGCGCUAUGAAGACUGGGACAUUCUCCUCUUCCCCAGGGACUGCAAGGUGCCCUUCCGAGAGUUCAAGGUGGCUUGCCACGUCGUCCACGAUCCAGAAUCACCUCAGCUGGGUAGCACGUUUGGAUUGCCAGCCCUGUGUUGCUUCGUGCCCAGCCUUGCCGCGGGCUCUCCAUUCCAGGUCUCGAUUCACUCGUGGAACACGCCGUGUGUGAGCCAGUAUGCAAAGUCAUACAGCCAGUUCCCAGAGGAAGUCAAGUUUCAGGCACGGUUGUUUAUUGAUGGAAGGAUGGUGGCAUCUGCAAUCCUCGACACCGAUAGCACGUGGCCUCAUAUCAUAGCUCACUCGUGGACCUUUUCGAAGAUGACCGAUUUCGAACCCCUCAAGUUUCCUUGCUUCCGCCAGGAGUUGCUGCAGCAGAACUGGUGGUUGCCAGCCGACGAGCUCGGCCGCAUUAAGAUCGUGCUGAGCGAAGGAUUCCCACGCAACUCGGUUACUACACCCUUUGAGCGGAUCAAGAAUAUCGUGGCAUUUUCCUUCCAGCAUGCCCCCUUAGAAAUUCUAGAGGCGUCCUCUAUUGCGUGGCCGAAUCCUGCCAUGUGGUGCAGGGCACCGCUUCCCUCAUGCAUGGAGGUUCCAGUUCAGCAUCCGGAUGAUUCCGACUCGCAUGCCCACUCACCCCGUCGCCGAGGAGGUGGCCCUGGCAAAGGCGGAAACGGCUUUCUCCAAGGAUAUCUGUCCAACCCAGCAGUCUUGGCUGACUCGAGGCGGCUGGCGACGCAUCCAAUCUUUGGUUUGAUACCUUAUCAAAACUUCAACCCGACAGAUUGCUUGGGAGACGCGAGCUCCUACUCUGAGUGGUUGACCGGGAUGGGCAUGGGCAUGGCUGAGAACCAGCCACAAGCGGCGGCAGCACAUGGCGCUUUCGCUUCUCGGAGCGCGAGAAGGUCAAGCACCGAUACCAGUAUGCCCGACUAUGUCCCGGUGGAGAACGGAAACCCAGUUGCAGAGCAGCAGCAGUAUUCAGCAAGAUUGCCCCAGGACGAUGACAAGCAAGGAUCCCAUGCCAAGGUCCGUACCAACACACCCACCACCGCCACAACCUCCAGCUUGGGCAACUGUGACCGAGAUGCAAUCGGGUUUCCCGUCAUGCGCUACGACAGCCCGUUUCCGUCCGACUUGGCAACAAAGUUGACCCAUUCUUUACUCAACCAGUCAACGCCCAUCAACAUGCUACAAACCAACUUCACUGCGCCGUCCCUGGAUGUGAAGUCGCGAAAGGAAACACGCAGCCUGGCGCAUUCGGCUUCAUCGUGCCUGACGCCGACACCUAGUCAGCAACAGCCUCAUCAAGACAUGCGACGAGCAUCGCAGCAAAUGUACGUGCCAUGCGGCUCGAGCAUUCCGCUUGGGAACGUUGGCUGCGACGCGCCUGUUCAAACCGCCGGUUCUCAAGACGUCUGCUCCACUGGAAAGUCUGGAGCCGAAACAGUCGACGACGGAGCCAGGAUGGCAUUGGAUAAGGGCAACAAGAGGACACGAAACUUCACCCCGGCAUCCGUUAGAGCUAUAGACGAGGAAGACGAACCGCGCAGAGCGAGUCCCCGCGUGCGCUUGACCUCGUUUGCGGAAGACGACAUUAUUGAGCACCACGCAACAACAUGA